ACAACAAAGAUGGCGGCCUCCGCAAAGGUAUUAGAGGCCCAUCUAAAAGAAAGAGGCAUUAAAAAGGACAAAGAUGUUGAAGAACUCUACCUAGCAAAACAAAACCUAUCAGAAUGUGUGGAGCUAACAAGAUUCAAGUACCUGAGAAGUCUGUGGCUGAACAAGAACCGGCUGCGAGACAUAUCUUGUUUAGACAACAAUUUCCAGCUAGCAGAGCUGUAUCUACAGAACAAUCAGUUAACUGAUAUAGCGGGCGUGUUACAACACCUGACAAGUCUUAAAGUGCUUAUGUUACAUAAUAACCAGCUUACAAAACUCGAUAAAGUCGUGAAAGAGUUCAACAAGAUGCAGUGCCUUAAAAUACUUAAUUUGUUUAAUAAUCCUGUUGCUCAAGAGCCGGACUACAGACUGUAUGUGAUUCAUUCAGUCCCAUCAGUUGAAUUACUUGACAGACAAGAGGUGCUAAAGAGUGAGAAAGAGGCAGGAAAGAAAAUAUAUGAACAGGAACAGGAGAAAAUCAGAGAGACUGUUGCAUUUGGACGCAGAUCUGAGGGGCCACCUAAUCUUUACUACCCAGGAAAAGAUCAGCCUCUCACAAAAUUUGAUACAAGAGAUCUUGGAAAUAGCUUUUUAAGAGAUAGCCCCUUAUACAUGAGCUCUGAUGAUGCGUGUAAUGCUCGAAGGUUGAAGAAAUCUGUCACCUUGUACACAACGUUUGAUUGGUCGAAAGUGCCGCGGAUUGAGGAACGACGCCAAACAGAUACUGUGUUUGAUUCUCCAGAAAUUAUUACUCAUGUUUAUAGAUAACUUGAUUAUCUUUUUUAUUCUCUUUUCAUGUUUUUACCAUUUGUUUUCAUUAUGUUAUUUUUGUUAUAGUUUUUAGCUCGACUUUUCUAUGAAAAGGGGAGCUAUCCUACUCGCCCCGGCGUCGGCGUCGGCGUUGGCGUCACACCUUGGUUAAGUUUUUCGUACCACCCCACUUUAUUUCAGAAGUAUUACAAGUAUGGCUUUGAAACUUACCAUACUUGUUCACCAUCAUAACCUCCAUCUACAGACAAGAGUACAUAACUCUGUCAAGGUUUUUGACAGAAUUAUGGCCCUUUUUUGACUUAGAAAGUGUAUUGAGCUUGGUUAAGU